CAUUAAAAUUGCUCUACCGUGGGGUUUAAAUUAGAAAGAGGGAACUCGUUUUUGAAAACCCUAAGCAGAAGGAAGAAAUCGAAGUGAUUUGAGCCACCGCCUCUGCUCCGCCGCCAGCCAUGAAGUUCAAUAUCGCCAACCCCACUACGGGAUGCCAGAAGAAGCUAGAAAUCGACGAUGACCAGAAACUCCGAGCAUUUUUUGACAAGAGAAUCUCACAAGAGGUCAUCGGAGAUGCUCUUGGAGAGGAAUUCAAGGGCUAUGUUUUCAAAAUCAAGGGAGGAUGUGACAAGCAGGGAUUCCCAAUGAAGCAAGGAGUGUUAACUCCUGGUCGUGUCCGUCUCUUGCUCCACAGAGGGACCCCUUGCUUCCGAGGAUAUGGUAGGCGCAACGGAGAGAGGAGGAGGAAGUCUGUUCGAGGAUGCAUUGUGAGUCAAGAUCUCUCUGUUCUCAACUUGGUAAUUGUGAAAAAGGGGGACAAUGAUCUUCCUGGGCUCACUGAUACUGAGAAACCAAGAAUGAGGGGUCCCAAGAGGGCAUCAAAGAUUCGUAAGCUCUUCAAUCUCUCAAAGGAGGAUGAUGUCCGGAAGUACGUCAACACUUACCGUCGAUCUUUCACGACAAAAUCAGGAAAGAAAGCCAGUAAAGCUCCCAAGAUCCAGAGAUUGGUAACUCCAUUAACUUUGCAGAGGAAGAGAGCAAGAAUAGCUGAGAAAAAGAAGAGAGUUGCAAAGGCAAAGGCCGAUGCUGCGGAGUACCAGAAGCUACUUGCCCAGAGAUUGAAGGAACAGAGAGAACGACGUAGCGAAAGUUUAGCCAAGAAAAGAUCCAGACUUUCUGCUGCAUCUAAACCGUCAAUUGCAGCUUAAUUUCAGCUCACUUAAAACCCAGUCAGAUUAUGAUAUCGUGUUGAAAACAAAUCAAAAGGAACAUGUUUGAUUUUAGAUUUUUCAUGUUUGAAAGGUUUAACAACUCUGUUUGGAAGUGUGCUCUGACAUUGCUGAAUUUACACUAUUCUUUGAUUCAAAAUUUGACAAUUCACUCAA